GGACUUCCAUAUCUCGCUCGAAAAGUUGUCCUUCCCAGGCUUCGACUAGGCCAUGGACCACUCGUGAUCGCUGUCAGGUCUAUAUCGCGAUGUUCUUUUCUUUUUCUUCGCAUCUGAUCCCUCUUCCUUGACCAUUCGAUCGCUAGAAAUAUGGUGGAGGUUCUCGGUCCUGUCUCUGCUCGUCCGCCAACUCCACCAAGGACAUCUUGUAUGCUGUCCGAGAAGGAUCGAACUGAUGACUCUCCGGCUAUCGUGCAUACGCCUCAUGAGUCGCCUUUCUCUGUCAACGGCUCAACUGGCGCCCCUUCAACUCGCCAAUCUAAGCGUGUAAAUUUCUCACCAUGGACUAAAUACAUCAAGCCACCGACAUUCACAAAUUCAGCUGCGAAGUCGCGACCCGAGCUGAAGGUACUUCCACCGUCAAACGAACUGAGACCUGCCAAGUCAAUCCUUAAGUCAACAAACUCGAACACCCUCACCGAUUCUCCUUCCUCCACACCGCACACGCCCGACUCUUUCGCCAUGCUCCUCGAAUCCAUUCUCCAGCAAUUAGCUGGUGACACGGUCAGCUCUAGAUUGGACGCAUACAUGCAAUUUUUUGGGGCACUCAGGGCAUACGAGGGGCUUCCUGGAGAGCAAGAAAUCAUUGCGAAGCUGGGCACAAUCACACAUUUCAUUCAACGAGACGUCAACAGGGACGUGGCGAACGGAGGUCCCUUGGAUACCAAUCUUGUCAUCCAGGCACUGAAGCUGGCUGUUGCUCUUGUUUGGCACAGUGAGAUCUCCACCCGCCUCUCAGACGACUUUAAAGCAUUCCUUAUCGAUCAUUCUAUCGAUUGUCUGCAGGAUGCGAAAGUGCCUAAGUCCGUGGUCACACACUACUUGUCGGUCCUGGCUACACAAAAUUUCCAGGCAAAGGUCAUGACCAAUGCUAGAGUGAUACGUCUUCUCACUGUUCUAAACGGUCUGACUGGUCGCGUCAACGGGAACGCAAUUGUGUCUCAGCGGUUGAGCAUCUACUCCCGUGCUCUCAAUCAAUCGAGAUCCGCAUUCGUCUCUCAUGCAGCUUUGUGGAUGGAGCAUCUGAUCUCGGGAUUACUUCACCACAUGAAGGAUACUCGCAUAAAAGCUAUUUCAGUUGGCUUCCAGACUUCCAUCGCCUGCGGCCCCAAUCCAACGCUAUCCAAGGCUGUCCGAGAUGUAUUCGGCAAGUCCAUUGACAAGAACAGAAAGAUGGUAACUGAAGUAUGCGAGCGAAUGUCACGGAUGAUGAACAAUUCUGAGUCAGGUAUACAUGUGCCGCAGGUCUGGGGCGUGAUCGUGCUGCUUUUGAGAAGCAAAAAGUUCAACGUUGAUCAGUGGGAGCAUUUUAAGGAAUGGGUGCUAGUUCUGCAAAGAUGUUUCAAUUGCAGUGACUCUUCUAUCAAGGCCCAGGCCAUUGUUGGUUGGAAUCGAUUCGUUCUUGUUGUUGGCCCUAGCGACGCGACAAGCCCUUCUAUACUCAAGAUGCUGAGCAAGCCGAUCAUGUCUCAAUUUGACCGUAAGAAGCAUGACAAACAACCUAGCCAGCUCGCUCUGUGCAGUUAUUACAAUCUACUGUACUAUGCAUUCCGUCCGUCUGCAUCUUUUGAGCAUCUUGAUGUUGUUUGGAAGGAGUACGUCGCCUCGCCUUUGUCGACGGUAUUCGAAACAGUACCCAAUAUGCACGAUCGGCUUGCCCACGUGCUGUCUAAUAUGUUUUGGAGCUCGCAUCCAAAACCCUGGGUAGAGAACAAAGUCAUCGAAAGCAAUAAGCUGGACCCAGAAGAGUUACCCUCGGUUGAGAGCAGGUGGCUAAGGUCGAGAAUCUCAUCGGUACUUGACGUUAUCGAGACCAUUUUCAAAGCGCCGAUUUGGAACGCCAAUAUUGAACAGUCAAAUGUUGGCGCCGCAUGGUUGAACUUGUCAAGAGCCCUAGCAUUUACCUUCAACAAAGAAAUCACUCCAACUCCCGAAUCAAUGCAGACUGUGGCUCAUAUACUUGUCUUUUUUCGCCGGAUCUGGACCACCGGACCAGAUGCGCUCAGCGCGAACCAAGAAGAUGGCUCCAUGGAUGUGUUCUUCGAUCGAUUUCGCUUCUUGUCCACUACAAUGAUCUACUCCCUUGGGAGUGCCCGAUUUACGGAAAAGCUUGUUCUUCGAACCUCUGACUACUCGUUCCAAGCUGCUACUACUCCUACCCAUCGCCAUUCCAGGGCAAGCACCAACCUAAGCACCCCAACCUUACAUUAUCUUCGAAUGAUCAGCGAAACGUCCGUCAUCACCGUGCGCAGCACCGCAUACUCUCGCUUGGUGAAGAGUGUCCUUGAGGCAACGUGCAGUGAUAAGACUUCGCGGAGCUCGCGCUUAGAAUUACUCCAGCAGUGUGCGAGUCUUUACGAUGACUACGGCGACUCCGACUUUCCCUUAGGCCCCUUCUUGGCACAGACUGUCUGGGACUGUACGGCACAAUCGGCCGCAGAUUCUUUGCGCUCUCUACCAAUGGAGACUGCACGCGAACGCGAUGGUUCCGUUGCUCGAGAUUAUGAGAACGUUGUAAAAAUUCUUUCAACAGGGUUGAGUUAUUAUCGCGAUUUUCAAGUGUGGAAUGAGCUUCUUGACUCACUCAUUCGUGUUGUGAGAACCGAGAAAAGUGAUCAAGCGAUUGUGCUCAUGAUUUUUGAGCCCCUUGCCGAGGCAAUCCUGAAGGGUGGCGCCCGGAAGUCGUACUUACCGCUGGCAUCUAUCCUUAAGCAUUUACUUUCCUCCAUUACCUAUUACCAGGACUUUGAGAAAGGAAUCACUGAGAAACAUCUGCCGUUUCAAAAGUUACUUGACCUGGUUGGACGCACGCUGUUGGAGUCAUACGAGCGCUUUGAUCCUUCGGAAACGAGCGGUAUGGCGGACUUCAUCGAAUCCUUAACAUCUCUCUUGGGCUCAGGUACUCCGACUGCUCGGUCCGUUGUGCUUAGAAAUCUCCAACUACCGCUGGUCAUGUAUCUGAAAGAUGAAGAUAAGAGACUUAGCGUUGAAGGUGGCGUGGAGAGCAGGAUCUUAACUGCGUGUCGCGCGUUGUCGUCAGCAGUCUUGAAUAUCCUCCAAGCUUCUUCUCCCCACGAUGUCGCGUUCUUGCCAGAAUUCGAGGAUAUCAUUCAUGCUGGUCUUGAUUCUUCACAUAUAUCAGUGAGAAAAAGGUUUUAUGAUUUCUGGAGCACCACUUUCGGCUUGCAAAGAUAUCCGCCCCGCUCAGAAAGGAUUACGCAGGCGCUGAACAGCUUAGAAGCGCUUAUGAAACAUCAGCAGGCUAUCACACCUUCAGGAGAAUUGAAGCUUGACGCCCCUGUCGAGAUUGCCGACAAACCAAACCCCUCUGUGGACAUGUCGUUGAAGUCUCGUAUCUCUUUUAUUCUGGACAAACCGGUAGACUCGGGCUUGAACUCAUCACCUGUCACUGGAGGUCUAGACCGUGCAGUUACGCGAGGGCUUACGAAAGAGAUUCAACAAGAACGCGCUCGGGAAGCUGACAGUCUGACUGUUGUACCACGUGCUGCUUCUCACUCAGAUCCAUUUGUAUCAGGACCAGAAGACAGCAGCAAGCGCAGCGAGCUGUUUUCGAUGAUUGAAAAUCUCCAAUCAUCUUCGCCUCCAAGCAAUACACCCCAGGAUGUUCAUUUUAUGACUCCACCGCAGCUGCGCCAUCUUCAGAGCUUCGAGACCGACGCAGGAACCCCUCAAACUCCUCCACUGCCACCAGUGUCUGCAGAAAAUCAAUAUAACUACCUUGGCUCGUCACCUACUCCAAUUGCAAGAAGCCGGUCGCAAUUUAGCGAUUUGCAUGCGGCACCAGCCCUAUCAUCUGUCCCAGAAGCCUCGUUGGAUGAUGAGCCUCGAUCCUCCCCUCCGAAAAUUGCUUCUCUUCCCGCAGAGCAUGACUCGCUCACUCCUGCCCCAGAUGCCAACGGGAACACCCUUGAUCUUGAAACACCCGUGUCCACGCCGGGUAAGAGCAAGAAGGCAAAGAAAAAGGCCAGACGCUCAGCCAAGCUCAAGAAAAAAUCGAGUUCCGAGCUUAAUCAGACAGAGCACGUCACUCAAGAUGCUUCAAGCAAUGCUGCGGACCAGCCUAUGACUGAACGCCUCCGCUCCUCCACCGGCAAGAUGUCUGACACUCCUCAGGAACCCGCGGCUGAAAAGCAUCAUGCAGGGAAUGCCACUGACGGUGAAGAGCCACGGCAUACAUCUGCAUCAAAGGCAUACGCCUCAGCCACUGCGUUCCAUACAGAGACUGGACCACAAGAAGAGGAAGGAUCGCUCGAAAUUACAGAAGUCGCCGAAUCACAAGCAGAACAACACAAUCACAUUACCAGUUCAUGCAAUGAUGAUAUCGACAUGGAGGAUCAGGUGACAUCUCAGCUAGAGCAAGAUCUGGAGCUUGCUGUAGACAAGGAUGAAGCUGCGGGUAGCGAAAGAGCGAGAGUAAUCUCCCAAGAGGCUCUACCAUCGAAGAAAAGAAAGCGUGAGGCGGAAGAGCACACUCCUAGAAACAAGGAAAGACGCCGCUCUUCUCGGCUCACACGCAUGCCCGCUGCUGCCGAGGAGGAAGAACCGGAUACGACUCGAUCCAAGCAAGACUUGCCGAACCCCAAAGAUCUCGAUUCUUCGCCUGCCGAGUCUGCGCCGAAGCGACGGAAGUAUGACACCAGGGCCGAGGCUGCUGACGCUAUUAGACCCGUCACUAAUAGCCAAGUGUCGGAGCCUAGCAGCUCGAAGGACAAGGAUCUUGAGAGUCAGGACAAGUCUCAGAAGAGGAGAUCUUCGCGUUUGAGUGGUCAGGCUGCGCCGCCGAUACCUGAGGAGAGUCCGGUUUCAAAGAAGCCAAAGAAAUCACCUCGGCCCUCUCGUUCACGUAAGCAAGGCAAGGACACAAACACCAUACAGGAGGAGAGUGAUCCGCAGGAAACUGCAGCAGGAGACGAGACAGGGGUGAUGGCGCGUGAGAAGACCUCUGAUCGCGCUGGUGGUGCUGAAGGAAUUUCCGAGGCUCCUGUCGUCCCUGAAGAAGUCGUGGAGCCGCGAAAGCCUGGCGACUCGGAGCAAGCAUCAAGCCACCCGGUGUCUGCUGAUGGCUGCAACUCCUCAGCAGACAGUGAGAUCCACAUGACCGACACACACCCCAUCACAGAGGCUACAUCCAAGUCAUCGAAGACUCCAUCUGCCGGCAGAGAGAAGAGCUCUGGCAAGAAAAAGAAGAAAACGCGAGCCUCGUCCCUCAACAUCCAAGCAGGAACUGAAACCGGAACAGAGGCGGCUUUGGUAAAAUCCGAGGCGGAAAUCACCAGCUCACUUCGAAAAGUACUUGACGACGUCAAAUUAGCCAGGCUGGACCGUCAAUCCCUUAAACAGAUUGAUGACUUGUUGUUUGAUAUUCGGGUGGAAACACACGAGGCGAUGCGGAGGAAUGCGGGCUGACUAUUUCUAUUAUUUCUUGCAUAGCGAAGGCGUCUGGUAUGUCUGCAGGGUAUUUAUCAUAGGUACUAUAUUCUAUACGCCCUUGUUUUUUCAUUUUUUUUGUUGAGGGUCAACGUGUAUGUCUUUGGGGG